ACAGUUGAAAAACUUUGGUUCCGCUACUCCAAUUGUAUCGUAGUCACCGUUAUUCUUCUAAAAUCAUCAUCAUCGUCAACCUUCCCUCUCAAUUCUAAAAUCAACCAAACCCUAACCCUAACCCCCAAAUUAAUGUCAAACUUUUACCUAUCUUAAUUCUUGUUCGUGAUUUAACAAUUCUAUUUUGCAAUUAAAAAUUCACCGUAGCUAAUGUAAUGCGUAGUUUUGGCACGUCAACAAGAAUAAUCUUCUUCGAAUUCGACAAUGAUGGAGAAUUUGGAAGAGAAAAAGAUCGGUACCUCCGUGGAGUCAUUUCAAAAGUUUUUGGAUUCACAGAAGGAACUUUUUCACGGUCAGAUCGAUCAACUUCAACGCAUCGUUGUUACUCAAUGCCAGCUCACCGGUGUCAAUCCUCUCUCCCAAGAAAUGGCUGCUGGUGCCAUGUCGAUAAAAAUUGGGAAAAGACCUAGAGAUUUGCUAAAUCCUAAGGCUAUAAAAUAUAUGCAAUCAGUUUUCUCCAUGAAAGAUGCAAUCAGCAAGAAAGAAUCUCGUGAAAUAAGUGCUCAAUUUGGUAUUACAGUUACACAGGUUCGAGAUUUUUUUAACAGCCAGCGCACAAGAGUGAGGAAACUAGUCAGGUUGUCAAGGGAGAAGGCUGCAAGAGCAAAUGUACAUAUUGAAUCACAUGAUGGGGCACCAACAAGCUCUGAUCCUAUGAUGCCUAUUGAUCUGGCUCCACUAAUUUCCCUUCACCCUGAUCCAGUUCCUCUAAACUUUGCUGGCUCUUGUUCAGCUCCAUUAAGUUCUGUUAGCUCCAAUCCAGCUCCAGUAAAUUACAUUAGCUCCAAUCCAGCUCCCUUAAACGCUGUUUGCUCCAAUCUAAUUCCCACAAACACAGUUGAAUCCAAUCCAGCUCCAUUGAAUGUUCUUAACUCCAAUCAAUCUCCGCUAAACUCCAUUGGCUCCAAUCCAGCUGCCGUAAACUAUGUGGCCCCUAAUCCUGCUCCAUUAAACUUUGCUGGGCCUUCUAACCUAGAAGAAGCACCAUCAUGCUCAACGCAAGAUGACAUAUUGUCUGGCUUAGAUGAUGCAGACAAAUUUUUUGUUGAAAAUAUAUUCAGCUUGUUACGGAAGGAAGAAACAUUUUCUGGACAAGAGAUGCUAAUGGAAAGGAUCCUGCAAAUACAGAAUCCCCAAGUGCUAAACUGGUUCUUAACCAAAGGCGGUGUCAUGAUCUUGGCUACAUGGCUGGGUCAAGCUGCUGAUGAAGAACAAACAAGUAUGCUGCUUGUCACUCUUAAGGUCCUUUGUCAUUUGCCCUUACAUAAGGCUGUUCCUGAACAUAUGUCCGCCAUUCUGCAGAGUGUUAAUGGACUGCGUUUUUACAGGACAUCAGACAUUUCAAACAGGGCAAGAGUUUUGCUGUCAAGAUGGAGUAAAAUGUUCGCAAGAGCCCAAGCUAUGAAAAAGCCAAAUGGCAUACAAUCUUCUAUGGAUGCACAAGAGAUGAUACUGAAGCAGAGCAUUGAUGAAAUUAUGGGCAAUGACUCAUGGCAGCAUAAUGUCAGUAAUUCUGAUGCUCUUGCUCUUUCUGAAAGUUCUGAAAAUAUCAGGAAAAUGGAACCUUCACAAACAUUGAAGUUGUUGCCAUCAUCAACGGAUGAUUCAAGCAGGAAGCACGUCCUAGGUGCAUCUUCAUCCUAUAACAGAGAACGCAGAAAAGUUCAGCUUGUUGAACAGCCAGGACAAAAAGCUGGUGGCAGAAGUCCCCUGGCUACUAAGGCUGUGCCUGCUAGUCAAGGUCGCCCGAUGUCCACUGAUGAUAUCCAAAAGGCAAAAAUGCGUGCUUUGUUCAUGCAGAGCAAAUAUGGGAAAACCGGUUCCUCAUCUAAUGGAAUUAAUGGUGUGAAAACAGUUCUUACUAGACCUUUAAGUACGCCAUCUAAUGUAUCCUUGGCAUCUAAAGUUCCUUUCCUGCCUAAGAUUGAGGAAAACAAAAAAUCUGUGGUAGCUUCCCUAAACAUUUUAAGCAAGCAAGAAGCUUCCCUAAACGUUUUAAGCAAGCAAGAAGCUCCCCUAAACGUUUUAAGCAAGCAAGAAGCUCCCCUAAAUAUUUCAAGCAAGCAAGAAGCUCUCCUAAAUAUUUCAAGCAAGCAAGAAGCUCUCCUAAAUAUUUCAAGCAAGCAAGAAGCUCUCCUAAAUAUUUCAAGCAAGCAAGAAGCUCUGAUCGUUACAAAGCAUAAAUUGGAUCUAAAGGAGCCUUUAGGAGAUUUGUGCAAGAGGGUCCGUAUACCAUGGAAGAGACCGCCAGAAAUAAAACUGGAUGAUGUUUGGAGAGUGGGCAUUGGUGAGAAUAGCAAAGAAGUUGAUGUUCAGAAAAACAGAAACCGCAGAGAGAUUGAAACCAUCUAUCGGACAGUUCACGAGAUACCAUCUAACCCCAAGGCCCCUUGGGACCUUGAAAUGGACUAUGAUGACACAUUGACACCCGAUAUCCCAAUAGAACAGCCACCUGAUGCUGAGAUUGCAGAAUCACAGGCCUCCCCUCAUGAACCUAUAGUAAAAACAGCAGUCACAUCCGUGCCUGUAUUGCCUCAGAUUAAUGCUGCUAUACCGGAUCUUGAGUUGCUUGCCGUAUUGCUUAAAAAUCCAGAAUUGGUUUUUGCAUUGACUUCUGGCCAUGCUGGAAAUAUAGCACCUCAGGACACUGUCAAGCUGCUUGAUAUGAUUAAAAGAAGCGGCGGCGGUUUAGCUGAUAGUGUAAAUGGACAUAGCGGAAAAGUAGACAUGGAUGAAGUUUCGCUUCCUUCACCAACGCCUCCCACCAAUCCUGGAACGGCAGGAUGGAGGCAUGAGCCUGUCAAGAACCCAUUUUCCCAGCAAAAUUCGAGAGGGAAGAAAGUUGCCUAUACAGAUGCAACUAUCCCUACCACCAUUCCUUCAAUUCAGCCGCAGAAUCUCGACAAUGCUAUUCGAAUAUCUCAACAGCACGCGAUCGUGCAUGAAAAUGCACAAUCUUCUUCAGUAAUGUUCUCAUCACACCACAAUAUCUCCACCAAUUCUUCAAUUUUACAAAUGCAAACCAAAAAUUUCGCCACGAGCAACCAAAGAAUGCGAGUUGAAACUGAGAACUAUGUUAAAACAGUUCAACCUCUACCUUAUGCUGUGAAUACUGCAGACAGACGAGUUUCCAUAGCUCCAACUCAGUCUCACCAUCAAACUCAUCUGAUACCUGAGACAACACAUUUGCACUCAUCUAGGCAAUCAGGAAACACGGGUUCAAUGCCCGAAUCCUGGAGAAAUAGUAGGGUUUCGAAUUCUGCAUCGCAAGUUAAUUAUCAAACGAAUUACGAGUUUAGAGGGGCGGUACAGCCUCAGGUGCGGGAGAGAAAUGGAUAUAAUACGAGUAAUGAUGGAUUCGAGUCAUGGAGUCCUGAGAAUAGUCCUAGUAGGUCACCACAGUAUAUGUCUGGAAGAAAUUAUCAGGGGCCUAGAACAACAAAUCCUGGAAGAAACUAUAAUUCUGAUAAUAGAGGUGGCCCCCGGAAUUAUAAUUCCGGCCACCAAGACCAAACUAGGAAUAGUAACAAAAGGUGGCGUUAAUUAAGCUUUGCUUGUCAACACUGGUGGGCAUUUCUGGAUGUAACUGUAAUUGUUGGAUGUUCAAAAGAUUUCUUUUGAUACUGAAUUUUGAUCCAAAAAAAAUUGAUACUCCUGAAAUUAUAGCAUGUUGUGUGUAGUAUGUAUACGAGUUUCCCCGUUUGUUUGAGAGGGUUAUUUAGAUUCUUAAAAAAAUCUUAUAAAAUCAGAUUAUCAGGUAAA